UCAAACCAGUCGUGUCUCGCAGUCGGUACCAGUGACGACAGUGUCACAUUAGGGGUCGUAGUAAAAUGAUCUCACUAACCUUCUUCAGCUUUUUGACAGGUGCUUGUCUGAGCCUGGAGGUCCGUCAGACUCCUGAAGAAAUCCUCAUAAAACCUGGAGGCCGAGUCGAGAUGGUCUGCCAACACAGCAGAACCUACUACAGACAGAUGCUCUGGUACAAGUACUCCACUGAGAACAACCUCAUGGAUCUGAUUGGAAACCUUUAUAAUGGGAACACCAGGAUGGAGGAGCCGUUAGGUCGAGAUUUUAAAAUAUCAGGAGAUCUCAGUGGAAAUACAGCAAAGAAGAGCACUCUGGUUAUAGAAGAUGCCGGACUGAAACACAGUGCUAUUUACUUCUGUGCAGCCAGAGAAGCACUGCUCACGGAGCUCCACAAACACAUCUACAUCAUGAUUGUUCAGAGCCUGUGUUUGCUGGUCCUCCUCCACUCUGGUUUCAGCGUCACUGUUCUCCAGUCAGAGGAUCAAGUGAGUCGUACUGGAGACUCAGUGAAGUUCAAUUGCAGUUUGGGAUCAGGGUACAAAAUGGACCGUUACUACAUGUACUGGUACAGACAAACUGUCGGUGGAGAUCAACUGCAUUACCUUAUGGAUGAAACUGACCGAAAGAAGGGUUUCAGCGCCACUGUUAUCCAGUCGGAGGAUCAACUACACAGACACAUCAUGAUCGUUCAGAGCCUGUGCUUGCUGGUCCUCCUCCACUCUGGUUUCAGCGUCACUGUUCUCCAGUCAGAGGAUCAAGUGAGUCGUUCUGGAGAUACAGUGACGAUCCAGUGCCGCGUGGGUGCAGAGUACAGAAUGAACGAUUGUUACAUGUACCGGUACCGUCAAACCGUCCCUGGAGCUCAACUGCACUACCUUGUGUAUGAAGAUGACCGAAAUAAUGGAAACAUGAGUUUUAAGAUAAGCGAGGGAAACUGUGACUGGCAGGAGGUACCGGUAUACUUUGGAAGUGUUACCAGACUGACAGUUUUGGAAAAUGGUAUGACAGUCACUAAACCAUCAGUCCAAGUGUUGAGGCCCUCAAUAAACGAGUCUCGCAUCAAAUCAGACGAGCAGAGGCACGUGACGUUGGCGUGUGUGGCGUCCAAUUUCUACCCUGAUCACGUCAGUGUGACCUGGCUGAUAGAUGGAGAGACUGUCACCAGGGGGGUUUCUACUGACCCUAAAGCUGUGCGAGUCCCGCAGUACUACAGAAUCACCAGCAGGCUGAGGGUUCCUGUUGAAGAAUGGCUCACAGAGAAGAAGAAAUUCAUCUGCAGAGUGAGCUUCUUUGACGGAAAAGACACUGUCUAUCCUGAAGACUCUGUUGAACGUGUUGAACCCACAGGUCAAGAGGUCAACAUUAACACAGGUGAAGAGGUCACCAUAAGCAGAGAUGAAGACGUCACCAUAAGCAGAGAGGAAUAUUCCAGAAUCACACAGAUGGCCAAAUUGUCGUACGUGGUCCUCAUCUUCAAGAGCUGCGUGUACGCAGUCUUCAUCGUGUUUCUGAUGAGGAGGCUUCAGCACUCUACUGGAAAAAAUGCCAAAUGAUCAACUCUGGAUGUAAAUUAGCAUUACAGCAACGGGAAGUUUUCAACAUACGACCUAAAGCUCCACCUCACCAACCAUGAGGAUCACAGCUCUGUAGGAUCAUCACACACAAGUCAUCAAAUGUUGGAGCAAUUUAUUUUAAAAUUAUUUACCUGUUUAGUUUUCUUCUAAUUUUAGCAAGAUCCAAAUAUUAACCAUAUCUUGUACUUAACAUCAACCAGAAAAAUGUAAAAUGAGAAGUGUUCAGUGUUUGUUUGUCAACAUUUCCAAAAUGUUUUCGGUGAAAUGUUUGUGGAAAUGCAUUUUCAUUUACACCAUCCAAAUAUAAUAAUUGACCUUUUAUGUGUGUUUCAUUUGUAUAUACAGUACAUAUAUUAUACUGCAUGAUACUGAGUUGUGUAUAUAUGUGUGUGUGUGUGUAUUAAUUGAUUAAAAACUUUGCU